CGGCCGCGUACCCUAUAUAUAAGCGCCUCCACCCGCCACUUCCCGCUCCAAUUCGAAGUUCAAACACACUCUACUCCAAGCUCGGCUAGCUGAGCAGAGGCUCGGACAUGACCAAGAAGCUCACCUCCGCCAUGGCCGGGAAGCAGGAUUUUCGCGAGGCGCAAUUCGAUGAUCAGGGGAGGCACAGGCACCAGCAGGCUUCGGUUCACGGAGGCGGCAAGAGCGCGGCGGCGGGGUUCGGGGGCAGGUUGAUCUCCCACGAGCAGGAGGACGCCAUCAUCGUCGCGGCGCUGCGGCACGUGGUGUCCGGGUACAGCACGCCGCCGCCGGAGGUCGUCACGGUGGCGGGCGGCGAGGCGUGCGGGGUCUGCGGCAUCGACGGGUGCCUCGGGUGCGACUUCUUCGGGGCGCCCGCGGAGGCGGUGAGCUCUUCUGGCGCGGGGCGGACGGCGCCGGCGGCAGGAGGGGGGCAGCAGCAGCAGCAGAGGCCGCGGCAGCGGAGGAAGCGGAACAGGUACCGCGGCGUGCGGCAGCGGCCGUGGGGCAAGUGGGCGGCGGAGAUCCGCGACCCGCGGCGCGCGGCGCGCGUGUGGCUGGGCACGUUCGACACCGCGGAGGCGGCCGCCAGGGCCUACGACUCCGCCGCGCUCGAGUUCCGCGGCCCGCGCGCCAGGCUCAACUUCCCGGGCCGCGGCGACGCCGCCUGUGCCUCCGCCGCCGCGGCGGAGACGACGACGACGCCGGGGGAGUCGGACGGGGCGGGGGACGAGAUGCUGUGGGAAGGCCUGCAGGACCUGAUGAAGCUGGACGAGACGGACCUGUGGUUCGCGCCAUUUGCUGGAGCGGCAACUAGUUUCUGAGAGCUCGAUUCGAUCUUGUACUGUCAACCACGUGCACAAAUUAAAGUGUAGUUACUGUCUUACUGACCACUACUAGGUCUCAGCUAGGAAUAGGAUAACCGGGAACGCCAUUCUUUUGUUGUUGUGUAGUACUCCAUUGAACAAACAACAGAGCAUAGCUCGUCGGUUGGUCAAUGUGUUGGAUUAAUUUGAUAAAUAGUGACAUUCUUGAGUUGUGUAUAUUGACAGGAAGAUAUAGAAUUCUUUUUUUUAA